ACAUGCGCAAAGAAGUCCUCCGCGCUCGACCGCGCUCAUAAGAGAAACAGCGUGUGUGGUUCUUGACGUCCCGCGAACCUUCGAACACAAGUGCGAUACUAUCCUGUGAGGAGGCGUUCCAGCGACUCUCCUGUUCCCACCAUCGCAGUUACCAGCGCGACGUGCUUUUUCGCCCCAGACUCGAAAUGCUGAGACAUGAUUGGAGCUUCUAGUUAUAUUCCAGUAGAUGUCCUUCACAGGCCCAUCCCAUGGCCCUCGUGUCUGCUGAUUCUCGAAUUGCAGAGCUUCUCACAGAGCUCCAUCAGCUGAUCAAGCAAACCCAGGAAGAACGUUCGAGGAGUGAGCACAACUUGGUGAACAUCCAGAAAACCCACGAGCGAAUGCAGACUGAGAACAAGAUUUCUCCUUAUUACCGGACAAAACUACGUGGCCUCUACACAACCGCCAAGGCUGAUGCAGAGGCUGAGUGCAACAUCCUCCGAAAAGCACUGGAUAAGAUAGCUGAGAUCAAGUCUCUGUUGGAAGAGAGACGGAUAGCGGCCAAGAUCGCAGGUCUCUACAAUGACUCGGAGCCCCCACGGAAGACCAUGCGCAGAGGGGUGCUGAUGACACUGCUGCAGCAGUCAGCCAUGACCCUGCCCCUCUGGAUCGGGAAGCCUGGUGACAAGCCCCCACCCCUCUGUGGAGCCAUUCCAGCCUCAGGGGACUACGUGGCCAAACCUGGAGACAAAGUGGCUGCUAGAGUGAAGGCUGUGGAUGGGGAUGAGCAGUGGAUCCUAGCUGAAGUCGUCAGCUACAGCCAUGCUACCAACAAAUAUGAGGUAGACGACAUUGAUGAAGAAGGCAAAGAGAGACACACCCUGAGUCGGCGGCGCAUCAUCCCACUGCCCCAGUGGAAAGCUAACCCUGAGACAGACCCUGAGGCCUUGUUUCAGAAGGAGCAGCUGGUGCUGGCCCUAUAUCCCCAGACCACCUGCUUCUACCGUGCUCUGAUCCACACCCCCCCACAGCGGCCUCAGGAUGACUACUCAGUCCUGUUUGAAGACACCUCCUAUGCAGAUGGCUACUCCCCGCCUCUCAAUGUGGCGCAGAGGUACGUGGUGGCUUGUAAGGAGCCCAAGAAAAAGUGAAGCUGGCUGGCAGGCUUGAGUCUGCCACUGCCGACCUCAUGGGAGAAGGCAACAAAGGAGUUCCUGUAAUCAAAUAAAUACUCUUCCCUCUCA